CGCGCACGGACAGUCACUCGUCAGACGUCUAACAGGGUGGGUGUGCUUCGCGGUGGAAGUAAGUUCAUCUCUCUUUCUCUUUCUUUUAUAUUUCUCUCUCUCUUUCUCUCCAUAUCUCGCGGAUAUCGCAACGGGACGGCGUGCAAAGACACAAAACGGAGGCGCGCACUCGUCGGAACUCCGCUGUGCGCGCGUGUGUGCGUGUGUGUUCGUGCGUGCGCGUACGUGCAGUACGUACGUACGUGCAUGCGUGCGUGCGUACGUGCGUGCGUGCGUGCAUGCGUGCGUGCCCAGCCAGCCACAGCCAGCUAGUCAACCAUCCACACGGUCUGUCUCUCACUCUGUCGGCAGCGCAGCUGAACCUCGCGCCGCAGUCAUCGCUGACCGCGUUGUACAGGUUCCUUGCGUCGGGAAAUGGAGCUCGAGCAGGCGGCGCCGCAGGUGAACCUGGACCCGGAAAGGAAGACCAAGGAGAGCGGCGGCGGCGUCUCCGGGAAUCACAGUGAUCAUAUCAAUGGCAUGACCAACGGUUUUGAUAAAAAAAGGGAACACAAAUCUGAGCACAGAGACAAAGAUAAGGAGCGAUCUCACAAAUCGGAUCAUAAGGAUAAAGAUCGAAGCAGAGAAAAGGACAAAAAUCACAAGAGUGAACACAGAGAUAAGGACAAAGAUAAGCACAGACAUAGCUCCAGUUCCGUUAAGGAUAAGGAGAAGCACGAUGGAAGCAAUAAUAGGGAUAAAGACAAGGACAAAAAGAGCUCCUCGUCUAGUAAGGACAAGGAACAUAAAAGUAGUUCAUCCAGUAAGGAUAAAGAAAAGGACAAGAACAGAGACAAGGAACAUCAUCACAAAUCGAGUUCCAAAGAUAAGGACAGGCAUCAUAGCAGUUCUAAGGACAAAGACAGUUCGAGCAAAGAUAAGGACAAGGACGCCAAGAGUAAGGAUAAAGAUAGACAUAGACACAGUAGUUCCUUGAACUCUAGCUCGCGUGACAAAGACAAGGAUCGAAGUAUUUCGAAGGACAAGGAUAAGGAUGGCAAAAAACAUUCGGAAAAGGACAAGGAUAGACAUUCCACUUCUCACUCUUUGGGCGAUAAAGAAAAACAUCGUUCGUCGGAAAAAGACAAGCAUAGAGAAAGUUCUAGCAGCAAAGAUAAACAUCGUCAUGAAAAAGAUAGAGACCGCCACCGUCACGACAAGGAUAAAUCUAAGCAUCGCGAGGAAAGAGAAAAGAAGGAUAAGGAGGAGAUUAAAAUAAAGGAAGAACCAAACGUGAAAAUGAAUCACUCAAUUAACGAAGGAUUUCAUUACAAUACAGAAAUCAAAUCUGAGAUAAAAGAGGAACCUAUGACACAACCAGAUUUAGACGAUGAUGAUGACAGUGGCGGCGAGCGACCGUUGUAUAUCAAAGAGGAUGACGAUGAUGAACCGAUCAAGGAGGAUGUUAGUAUGGAUUCGACCGACGGAAAUGAUACCAGAUUAUCAGAUCUUCAUAAUACAACUUUAAAAACGGAAGAAGAAUCAGAAGAGGAUAAACCAUUGUUUUCAAGAUCGAAGGUAUUGCCAAACGUGAAGAGAAAGAUUGACUCGGAUGAAGAUGAAGACGUUCCACUGUCAGCACGUAAGAAAUCCAAAAAACCGGCUACUAGCCAGAAGACAAAGAAAAAGAAACGAAAAUAUGGAGAUGACGAUGAUUCUGACGCCGAGGCUGAAGAGACACAGAAACCAAAGAAGAAGAAUACAAAGGUGAAAACGGAAGGUGGUAGCCCGAGGAAAAAGAAGCAAGAGGAGGAGCAAGAAGUUUGGAAAUGGUGGGAGGAAGAGAAGAAGAGUGAUGGCACGAAAUGGUAUUUCUUGGAGCACAAGGGACCAGUAUUUGCGCCACCCUACGAACCUUUGCCUCCCACCGUCAAGUUUUAUUAUAAUGGCAAGGAGAUGAAGUUAAGCCAAGAUACAGAGGAGGUAGCGACUUUCUAUGCGCGUAUGCUGGAUCAUGAUUAUACGACCAAGGCUACGUUCAAUAAUAACUUCUUUCAUGAUUGGCGAGAAGUGAUGACUGAAUCAGAACGUGCCAAGAUUACUGAUCUGACCAAGUGCAACUUCAAGGAGAUGCAUGCAUACUUUGUCCAGAAGAGCGAAGAACGCAAGGCUAUGACGAAGGAAGAAAAGCAGAAGAUUAAGGAGAAGAAUGAGGAGAUACAGAAGGAAUAUGGCUUUUGUUCUAUCGAUGGGCAUAAGGAAAAAAUUGGUAACUUCAAAAUUGAACCACCUGGCUUGUUCAGGGGUCGGGGUGAGCAUCCCAAAAUGGGUAAGCUGAAGAAGCGUGUGUUGCCAGAGGACGUGCUCAUUAAUUGCUCAAAAGACUCGAAUAUACCGAAACCACCGUCCGGUCACAAAUGGAAGGAAGUGCGACACGAUCCUAAUGUCACAUGGCUUGCAUCUUGGACAGAAAACGUUCAAGGCCAAGUGAAGUACGUGAUGUUAAACCCGUCUAGCAAGCUUAAAGGUGAGAAGGACUGGCAGAAGUAUGAGACAGCGCGAAAACUGGCGCAAUCGAUUGACAAAAUCCGCGCCGAAUAUCGAGAGGAUUGGAAAAGUAAAGAAAUGCGCAUUAGGCAACGAGCCGUUGCUCUUUACUUCAUCGACAAACUAGCGCUUAGGGCUGGCAACGAGAAGGAUGAGGAUCAGGCAGAUACCGUGGGUUGCUGUUCGUUGCGAGUGGAGCAUAUCAAGCUGCAUGAACAAAAGGAUGGCAAGGAAUAUGUCGUUGUAUUUGAUUUCUUAGGUAAAGAUUCCAUACGGUAUUAUAACGAGGUACCAGUGGAAAAGCGCGUAUUUAAAAACCUGCAGCUCUUUAUGGAGAAUAAAUCACCCGGAGAUGAUCUGUUCGACCGUCUCAAUACUACCGUGAUGAACAAACAUCUGAAUGAAUUAAUGGAAGGUCUCACCGCUAAAGUAUUCAGAACUUAUAACGCGUCGUGGACGUUGCAACAGCAGCUCGACAAAUUGACAGAUCCAAACGACGUGGAGGCAGAAAAGAUUCUUUCCUAUAAUCGAGCCAAUCGCGCCGUUGCCAUACUGUGUAACCAUCAGCGUUCUGUGCCAAAGACGCACGCGAAAUCCAUGGAGAACUUGAAGGCAAAGAUUGAUGCGAAGAAAGAGGCGAUAGCCGAGUGCGAGUUGCAAGUGAAAGAUGCCAAACGUGAUGCGAAACACGGUUCGGUGAAAGAAAAAGUAACAUAUGAAAAGAAGAAGAAACAGCUGGAAAGGUUGAAGGAACAAUUGACGAAGCUAGAGGUCCAAGCGACUGAUCGAGAGGAGAAUAAAGAGAUCGCGCUGGGUACCUCCAAACUGAAUUAUCUCGAUCCUAGAAUUUCUGUUGCAUGGUGUAAAAAGCACAAUGUCCCGAUCGAGAAGAUUUAUAACAAGACUCAAAGGGAUAAAUUCCGAUGGGCAAUAGACAUGGCGGGCCCUGACUAUGUGUUUUAACCCUGUGGUUUAUCAUCAUCGUCAUCGUAAUUAAUGCCAUUGCAUGUCGGUUUAUGAGGAAAGUACACCUCCUGCUGACGAUGUAUUUAGUGAAUUUUACGUUCUAACGAGAAGCCAGGAGACUUAAAAGUAAGACAGAAAGAAAGAAAGAUAAAAAGAACAAAAGAUGAACAGUGUAACGAUACAGAAAAAUUUUUUUACACUUACAUGGUAUAAAUGUGAGAAAGUGUGGGAACAUAUUUUCUAUAGGAUGAUAUACGUCACAUACGUAUUGAAUCACGUUGCGAUUAGUAUAUCUAAAGUGAUGUGAUUAAACGCGUUAGGUUCGAAGAGAGAAUUAGUCUAGAAUUGAUUGUGUGUGCGCGCACGCGCGCUUUGACAAUUUUGCCAUUGGCAAAAUGCUUUCUACUCACGUCGCUAGCUUGUUCGUCCUCACGUGCAAAAAAAUCAUGUACAUGAGCAAGACACUUGGACAUAAUAAAUCCUUAAGAAUAUUAAUCGAGAGGAGUCGUAAAAUUGCGGACGAUUUUCGAGCGAAAGCGGAAAGAGCGUGAUUUUAUUUCGUUUAGGUAGAAAUUUAUUCUGAGAAGUAUGGAAAGUAGCACCAAAUUGUGCAGAGAGAAAGAAAAAGAAGAAAGAUCGUUAAAUUUAUAAAUUGCAUGGGCGCAACGAUUGAUUCUGUGAGGAGCACAGAGAUUUCGCGCCGAUCUCGCGAAAGCUACAACUGCGUUAUUGUACAUAUAUAUAGGACACAUUCAUGUGAGUGAGACGCAAAUACACAAUUUAUGCUAUGUCGAUAUUUAAAAAAAAAAAGAAAAAGGGGAAAAGAAGAAAAAGAAACAAACUUUUUAAAUAGGCAGCUGAUAAAUUUUGUAUUUCCCUUAAUGAGUAUACACAUGUAAACACAACUUGUUUCUCUCUCAUAAAUGUAUGAUAAUGUCAUUCAUCAACCACAUUUACAUUUUACAGCAUCGUGUUGAGGACAUUAUAUGUAUUCGUAGAACGUAUUCAAUAUUGCGCACUCCUUUUUUGAUAUAUAAAUGAUGAGGCAGA